ACAGGGUUGGUUCAGAGGCGGUUUUCAAACGGCGUAGAUUCUGGUAAAAACAAGAGGCCAUAAUAGGCACUGAACAUGCUCCACCUACCGUUAGCCACAGCAUCUGGAGAUUUGCAGAGCUGAAAAAGAAAACGAUCAGCCUCUUUGAGAAGACAGAGUCUCCGAACAGCCUCUCCUCGAUUUGUCGACACGAGGAAUUGUCAUCAUGGGAAAAUUCCUGUUGACCUGCUCAAUCGUGAUUCUCUUCAUUUUGCUCCAGACUGAGGAGAUCGUCUCCAUUUCUAAAAAAGGAAGCAGCAGACCGAGCGGCAGCAGCAGCCGAAAGCCAACUGGAUCUAGCAAACCCUCCCAUAAUCCUAGCAAACCUUCCCAUCGCCCUAGUAAACUCUCCCGCAGUCCUUUCAAGCCUGUAGUGAGACCUAGAAAACCAAUACCCAAGCUACCUGAGAACAGGCAUGCACUCCCAAAGAGGCCUGAUAAUCCUGCAAAACUUCCUCCAAACCACGCAGUCCCUCCUCCUCCAUAUAAUCCUGCACAUCCACCCCAUAAUCCCGCCAUUCCAAAAAAUCCAGGAUAUCUUCCACCUUAUCCUGUCAACCCUCAAAAUCCUGCCCACCCCCCAAAUAAUCCUGUUAACCCAGGGAAUCCUCCUCCAUAUAACCCUGCCUACCCAUAUCCGGUCAACCCUCAAAACCCCGCACGUCCCCCAAAUAAUCCUGUUAACCCAGGGAAUCCUCCUCCAUAUAACCCUGCCUACCCAUAUCCGGUCAACCCUCAAAAUCCUGCCCACCCCCAAAUAAUCCUGUUAACCCAGGGAAUCCUCCUCCAUAUAACCCUGCCUACCCAUAUCCGGUCAACCCUCAAAACCCCGCACGUCCCCCACCGUAUCCGGUCAACCCUCAAAACCCAGCACCCCCUCCACCGUAUCCAGUCAACCCCAAAACCCCGCACAUCCCCCACCGUAUCGGUCAACCCUCAAAACCCCGCACAUCCCCCACCGUAUCCGGUCAACCCUCAAAAACCAGCACACCCUCCACCAUAUCGGUCAACCCCAAAACCCGCACAUCCCCCACCGUAUCCGGUCAACCCUCAAAACCCUGCACGUCCCCCACCGUAUCCGGUCAACCCUCAAAACCCAGCACACCCUCCACCAUAUCCGGUCAACCCCCAAAACCCCGCACAUCCCCCACCGUAUCCGGUCAAGCCUCAAAAUCCUGGGUAUUUCCCACACCAACCAUAUAACCCCCAAAAUCCUCACUGGGGACACUAUAAUCCCAAACCCUGGAAACCUAAACCGCCCAAGACUAAUAUGAAGCAUGUGGCUGGAGCAGCAAUUGCAGGUGCAGCGGCAGGAGCUGUUGGAGGCUACUUCCUGGGACGUGCCAUGUCUAAUCUACAUUUUCAAUUUAACAACAUGAAUGAGGAGCGGUGGUGGUACGAAAAUCGCCAUCGUUAUUCGGAUAAAGUUUACUACCCCCAGUACAUCCAGCCUGUACCACAAGAUAUCUUUGUGAGAGACUGUGUGAACAUCACAGUGAAAGAAUACAUUGAGCCCACUGGGAAUGCAACAGAGGACGAGAUGGAAGCCAGGGUGGUGAAGCAUGUGGUGAAGGAAAUGUGCAUCGAGCAGUAUCGUACUUUCUCCAGGUCUGCAGAAGGAGGCAGCUCCAAACCUCAUGAUGGCAACCCAGUGGACCCUAAGUCAAAGGAUGAUGAAGUGAAAUAUGUAGUGGGAGAACCUGUUGUAGAUGCUCCAGUGGAAGACCCUGAGAGCUACAUCUUAGGCAGCCCCAUAGCCAAGAUGUAUUUUCCUUUUAAUGACAGUGAGGAAGAACGUUGGUGGAAUGAAAACCGCCACCGUUUUGCCACCCAUGUUUACCACCCGAACUCUAGCCAGCCAAUUUCAAGAGAUGUUUUCCUGAGUGAGUGUGUAAAUGUCACCGUAAGAGGGUAUGUGAAGCCCACUGGAAACCAAACUGAAGAUGAAUUGGAAGCCAGAGUGGUAACACAGGUGGCAAAUGAAAAAUGCAUGGAGAUGUACCCCCGCUUGACUGUUAUCACAAUGGCAGGCAGCUACUAUAAUAAUAAACCAGAGACAGCUACUACACUGGAGAUCAAAAGUGAGUUCAAACAUGGAGAAGGAGCAGCUUUGGCUAAUAGUCCUGGAGAAGCCAGUGGACACAAUGCCCCAAAGAAUGCUGUGUCUGAUUUGCAUUUCUCUUUUGAGAAUGCUUUGUUUCUCAUUCAUCCUUUUGCCAUUUCAGUCAUUACCUUAAUCACUCCUUUCCUGAUCUUCUAAGAGCUAUGCUUUCUAAGUCUCUUCCAUGGUUGCUAUUAACUUAUCAGAGGUCUGGAAUAUUUCUCUCUCCAGCAAGAAUUUAGUUGUGGCUUUAUGUUUUUCUGGAGACUGCAUCAGAUGCAAAGAGAUGCAAUAUAUAGGCUACUUAUGAAUGAAUUCCAAUUGCCAUUACGAAUCAAUCUAAAGUGAUUCCUUUUUUGUAUUUGUCAAGUCUAAUUUAAGAUGGAGACAAUGGAUAAUUCCCCUAUCCCUGUUGCCUCGAUCCUUCAGUGGAAUCUGCUCAGUUUUCAGGAAAUAUUUUAGCAGUUCACAUGAUAAUAGAAGUUGCUUUCGAGAAGGAGGGAGGGAGGAAGGAAGGAAGGAAAGAAGGAAGGAAGGAAGGAAGGAAGGAAGGAAAGAAGGAAGGAAGGAAGAAGACUUCUGAGAUUACUUAAAAUGAAUACAUCAAGAUUUGAACUGAAGGUUCCAUUCAAACACACCUCAAAUUCAAUCUUGGAACCAAACUGACUUUCUGAACAAUUGGGAUCAAACAACGGAAUAGGUUUGGAUGUCUUUUGUUUGACUAUUUGCAAAAUAUCUCUCCCCUAAUGGGAGCUGAUAAUUCCAACAUGUAUCUGAUUAGUCAACCAUUUUUGAUGGGUGGUGAAAGCUGUCACACACCUCAAAAGAGAGGCAGGCAACAUGUGAUGGCAAACAUGUUUUACAGUGUUGCAAACUUGGCGCUGAAAAAGCAAGCAUCUGGAUGGGCUGCAAAUGUUGAGCUGAACACUUUUUUUGAAACUAUGAUAUACUGAUGUUAGAGCAUUUCCUACAGGUUCCUAUCUCUGAAUGGUGGAAACCUGAAUUAUUACUUUUCAGCAAUAAUGGAGGGGAUGGGGGUGGGGGGUGGGUUGACAGUUGCAGAAAGAAGACUUGAGGUCAUUUGUGGCCCUGGGGUUGCAGGACUCCUGCUUGAUAAACUGCUUUUGUGCCUUCUUUGUCUAAAUUGUCAUCCUUCUCCUUAAAUAUGACUGGGAGGUUUCGUCUAGUCAUUAGUAAUUUGUGGACUGAGAAUAUUGUUUGAAAGCCACAUGGUUCCAUGUUGUUUUCCAUUCUUUGUUUUCCUUGACCUCUUAAAGGUUAUUGAAUACAUAAGUGGGUUUAAACUCUAGUUGCCUCCGGAGAUUCUCAGUCAUCCAGGUCAUAGUUGUCUUAUGGUUGUCCCAAGGUGUUUUUUUUUCCCAAAAGGCAAAUGGACUUUGUUUUUUCUUUUCUUUGAAAACAUUUUAGUUCUCAUCCAAGAAGCUUCUUGGAUGAGAAGCAAAAUGUUUUCAAAGAAAAAAACCAAGAAAGUCCAGUUGCCUUUUGGGAAAAAAGUACCUUUGGGGUUCAGCUCUAAUUCUAUUUUUAGUAUUCUUUUCUGCCAUACUGUGAUGAUUGUCACAAAUCAGAAGUGGAAAGAGACUUGGCUUGAAUUGAAAUUAUUCCAAAAUUGAGAGCCAGUUAAUUACAAUGCAGUAUCAAUCCAACAAAUGCAUAAAUAUGUAAAUAAAUAAACUUGGGUUUCUAAGUGCUAGAACAGGCAGUUGACAUUGGGAUUAAUGUGCUUCUCCUCUUGAAACAAAGGAUGCAGUUGGAUUUAUUACAUUUUCCUUCCAGCCCUAGGAUUCUCAAAAGGAGUCUCUUUGAGAAAAGAAAAGCUUGGCUUAAAUACUGAAGAUGGAUUCCCAUCAUGAAAAACUGCCUUCUUUAAAUAAGAUGUGAAGUUGAAGAAUUUUUUAUCAAUCUUUCAUAGUAUUAUGUUGAUAAGCAGUCCUUGAACAUCCUUGCUUGACUUCGCCUAUCAGUAGGUGUGGUUAACCUGGUAAGACUAAUGAGGAAGCAAAAUCCUUCUGUUGCCUCUGAAUUUGGAUCUUGCCUUAAUUCAGCUGUAAAAGGUCAGAAAGAUAAUUUCAAGAUAGCUUUAGCAUCUAUUUUGUUAAGAACUAGGAAACUCUGAAGGCUAACUGGGAUAUAAUACAGUGUUUGUGUUUCUGUUUAAUUUUCCUUUUUUAUGUGAUGGAAAGAGCUAUACAAGAACAGCUGGGAAGUCUAUCUGAUCAUGAGUGUUGCGAACAAGAAGAUAGAAUUUUUAAAGCUAUUUUGGUUAUUCAUUACAAUCUAACACGCUCCAUAUGAUAUAUAGUGCUCAGAUUUAUUUCCUUGUAAUGUUGAUUAAUGUUCCAACACAAAAUUUAUUUGAAGAUUACUUGUUAAGUGCUGUUUGACUUGCUAAUCUCUAUUUACUCUUCUGACCCUUUUAUCUAAACUGCCAAAUAAAACUCUGGCCUGUAUAACACCAAAA